AGUAGGGUAUGGUCAGUUGAAAAAUAAACAGCAAGGCUAAGACCCGGUUUCACCGACGACGUCGUUCAACUUUAAUCUCAGCUCCAUUCAUUCCUUAUCUUCUUCUAAGAGGACAGUUAGAAAGAGACGAAGAACAGAUUAAGUCAGGUUUCAAAUUGUGUCAUCUUCCAACAAAGACACGGCAUCGGUGAAGAGUCAAGAGAGGCGAGGGACAUUUUCGCCGAAAGUCGCAGACGAUCCUCGGAGGCCGCGCUGGUCGGUACCUAGAGACACCGAGACGAAACAUCGAUUCCAUCGGCGCCGCAAGGCGCGCGCGACCUGCGCUCGCGUAAGCGUGAGACUUGGUAAUGCCGUGCACCUCGCCUGCGCGCGGGGAGUCGCAAAGCCCGUAAAGUGUCGCGUACGUUCUCCGCCGUGCGUUCCAGUCCAAGCCGCACCGCCGUACGACGCGGCCACGUAUACCACUCGACGGGCGCGUCACGACGCGCGACGACCCCGCGUGCGCGCGUUAAACUCUCGCGAGGAGUGCGAAGAGUGCCGUCAUCGGGCUUGGGUUGUAAAAGAUACACAAAAAAGAAAAGGAAGAGAAAAGAACGCGAUCCCCGACUUCGUUUUCGCGAGCUCGUCGUGUUCUCCGCGCGAGGCGAACUCGUGAGCGGAGUCGAAGUGAAAUCGCGAGAGGCUGGCGAGGCGAUAGGAGGCACACGUGGACGGGCGCGUGUCAGGGUCGCCAAGACCAAGGUGGGGUCGCACGCACAGGGAAGAGAGAAUCGAUCGUCAUCAAAUCGACCUGAAAAUCCUUCAAACUGGGCGACGGUAAAGGAAAACAUCGACGGGUAAGAAUGGCGGACGAAGCCCAGCAGAACCAACAGCCGACCGCCAAGAGGCACAAGGUUCUAUGUCAUCUGCCCAUCGCCAUCAAAGUGCUCGAAGUGAUACUGGCGAUUUUCGCGAUCGGCCUGGCGGUGGACCCGAUGAACUCGUUCCAGCGCAUCUUCAACAAGCCGCGAUUCAAGCUGGACGACGCAGCUACCAUCUACGUCACGGUCGCGGGCUAUAUUCUCAUCAAUGCGCUCUUCAUCAUCAGCCACAUGCUGGGGGAUCGCGUGCCCAAGAGAACGUUGCUGAUGUUCGCGGCCGUGGGCGCGUUCAUGCACGUGGUGGCCGGAAGCCUGAUGGUCCACAAUUGGCGCCAGGUGAACGGUUCUUAUUAUUACGUGUACAACAACGAGGUCCACCCUAGCAAGCAGUACAUGGACAUGCUUAUAUCAGCGGCCGUGUUUACAUUCGUCAACGCGGCGGCAUUUAUCGCGGAAAUUAUCGCCGUUAUAAGAUACGCGUGAAUACGCGCGCUCUCGCGGAGAAGAAGGUCCGUUGAUCCAAGCGAGUCGGAGAACUCGCGAGUGUCACCAAAGCUAUGGAUAGUCCGUUUCGAAGCAGGAAGACGAGAAGGCUAGAGGAUCUUUUAACGUUUAUUAUUGCAAGCAGUUUCACCGAGACUUUCUGAAAUUUACACCAACGACUGUUGACUCGACGGCUUGAACGUUUUACAAGUGAAGAGAUUGGAAAAAGUAACGGCGAGAAAGAUUUAGGCAUUUAUUGGAUUGUCACGAUUGGUUUUAACGUCGUUCUGCUGCGAAGAAAAGUCGUGUGGUGGGACGAAUUGUAAAAUCCCACAAAAAUAUUAAUUUCGUAAAAUUAUCGAACACACAUGCGUUUAAAGUCAUAUUAGAAUUAGUAAUAUUAUAUAAUACCUGUUAUCACAGUAGUAGCGUGUAAGGUCGUGUAUAUGCGUGUAAUUAUCGUUAGAAAAGAUCGAGCAGUUAGUUGAAUUAGUAUAGUUACAGUAACUCUAGAGACUAAUCGCGAAAUUGCAAUCUUCGCGCACAACGGCUGCGAUUAUCGAGACAUUUCUUUGCUAUUCGGAUCAAUAGUAUCCAUUCGCGUACAAAUCCGUCCAUUAUUGUACCUAAAGCGUAUAUUUCUACAAAAUAUCGCGAUAAGCAUUUUUUAGGCCGGUAUUCAUAGUCCGUUCUUAUAUUUAAGUUAUCUUAAGUAUGACUCUUAAUGUGUUUUUA